GAAAACUUUCCGAAGCUUCAAUCCCGAAAAAUAAAUAAUGCGCCCACCGUCCGAUUCUACACCUACGUAUAAUCAACCAACCAUUUGAAAGAUCCAACCGCCCCUCUCAUGAUUUUACGAUAGCACAAAGCCUACAAAUUAAAGAACAGAGUACAUUUCUUAAUACAACAACCGAACUACACAACAUGGAACCAAGAACCCUACUCCGACUGUCACAACGCCUCAAACUCCCACCCUCAAUCCGCCAACUCCCCUCGUUUCCACGCCACGAAUCUACAUCCAAUAAGCCAGCCCACCAAGCCCACCCUGUAGGCGACUACUACUCCUUACUCCUCUCCUCUUCUUCUCCAGAAAUAUCCUCCGCGCCCCCCACUACUGCCUCUCCUUCAAAUCCGCCUAUAACUGCAUCUUCUCCUACAGAACCCGCCGCAGACCCCGAACCCUCAAUUCUUUUCUCCUCUCGUCUCUCCUCCCCUUUAGAACGACGGACCGAGAUCCUGCGCAAAAGUCAACGUAUAGCAGGAGUCCUCGUCCCGCCUCGCCCAGAAGAACCAGAUAAUUGUUGUAUGAGUGGGUGUGUGAAUUGUGUUUGGGAUCGCUAUCGGGAUGAAAUUGAGGAGUGGGCUGCUGCUAAGAAAGAUGCGGAUAGAGCGUUGAAGAAAGAAAGGAGGAAAGAAAGUACGGGGAUUUUGGCGCAGGCAGCUACGAGUAUGGAUGAUGAUGGUGGCGGGAGCGAGGGAAACUGGGAUAUAGGAGGGGAUGGGAAUAGCGACGACUUAUUUGAAGGAGUGCCGGUUGGCAUAAGAGCUUUCAUGGCGCAGGAAAAGAAGUUAAAGGAAAAGCAUCAAAGAGAAGGCACGACGGGGUAAUGGAGACAAAUUCUCUCCGCGACUUAUUAGAUGGUAUCAAAUGGAAGGACACGAACAGGAGGCACCAGAAGAAUAUUGGUACGAUUGCA